UUAUGAAGAUUGGCAAUAGUAACUUUAUUCACGGUUUGUUGGGCUGUAUGUAUGUACACACAUCCUUCACCCAUACGUAGUUUAAACCUGAUUUAAAGUCAAUUUUUGAAUUUGCAAGCCGUAAACAGUUGUUGAUUGAUAUUCAUCCGGACCAUUUCCCGAGAGAUUGUUGAUAUAUUUGGUGUUUUUGUCUCAUUUUGCUCGAGUUGUAUGGUUUUUGUAUUGUUUAUUAAAACUUGUGAUAAUUAGGGAAACUAUAAAAUUGACAUGAAGACCCAGUCUCUCCUGGGCUUUAUAGCACUCUUUGUGAUUUUUGUUCAUUUAUCAAAUGGAUCAGUCAUUCCACAGGAGGAGGAGGAAGUUGAACCCAAUGAAAAAUCCACAACGGAAAUAAAACCGAUUAAAAAAAUUCUGCAACUGCAAAAGAAAAAAUCUCCGCCGCUUUAUGAAAAGCGUGUUAAAAAGGGUCCAAAGAAUAAGCUUAAAAUUUCAGAUUUGAGACCAUGUAUUUCUAAAGCGUUUUGCGAAGUAAAUUCAAUAACGGAGGAACCAACCUAUGAAACCACCAAGGAAUUUUAUCACAUUUUAAAUCGACUCAAAAAGUUCAUCGAUAUUGAACAAAGAGAUGACAACGGGUCAGGGUCAGCCGAGGACUCAGGUUCCAGUGAGGAAUCAAAUGAGAAUGUUCCAGACCACAGACCUGGAAAUUACUACAGACACGGAAAAUCUUUGGAUGAUAUUGAUUUAAAAUUGAAAAAGAAAACGAAGAAAAAAUUCAAGAAAUCAAAAAAUGGGACAGAGUUGGGUACUACAAAACCAGCAAAAGUUUACACCCCAGCCCAGCUUGAACAAAGAGCAUUCGUCGAUAGGAAAAAGCAAGAAUUAAAUGUGGUGGAUGACUUGGCAGCUCUUAUAAAAAUUUCUGCUGAAAUUGGUCAAGCCCUAAAAAGUCCACGCAGAUGUCGAAGCCUGUUUAAAAAAUGUGCCAUGUCAUAUGAUCAAAUCAUUCGAAUUUUCAAUCGAACUCAAUCCGUAGAAUCUUCUGAUCCCGUCCCAUUAAAUCCACCAUCAACCACCCCAAUUGAACCAUUUCUAGUGGAUUUCUCUGCAGCGGCCGCUUCUAAUAACAACGACGAUUCUCCAUCUUCAAUUCCAGCAGAACAAGCCACAAAAGUGGUUGAGCAGGAAGACGACAAUGUUUCAGAUGGAGAUCGAAAUCGAAAUAAAAAAUCCAGGACAGAUUUCAGCGAAGAGGAUCUCGACGAGUAUAAUACAGACUCUGACUUGGAACCAGUGAAAACCUACUCGCUCUUUUCAUCGCCGCAAAUUGAUAAGAACAAUAACGAUGAUGCUGAUACGGCCAACAGAGAGCGAGAGGAUGCAAUUGUGGAUGAAGCAUUUCAAAAGUUUGAAAAAGUAUUCCCAUCAACGGCCGGAAAAUCGAAAUAUAACAAGAAACAGGAAAGCACAAUUAGCAACAAAGUUCGUCAACCAGUGCGACAACAGCCUGCAUCAUCGGAAGAAGAGGAAUCAAAUGAAAGCUUCAGUGGAAGUGCAGAAAGGCCAAAUAACCAACAACAGUCAGAUUAUGCACAUCGAUCAUCCUCGGAAAUUGAUAACCAAGAUACUGAAGAAGUAGAAAUGGAAGUUCCAGAAAAGAAAGUCAAAACUAAACCUAGCUCUCAAGUUGUUAAAGAAAAUGCGGAAAUUGCAGGCGAAGUGGAUGAAACUGAGGAUGAUAGCGAUGCGGAAAUACCAUCAUCUGAAAUUGGGAAAAAACCAGAAGAUGAAACUGCAAUUGUAAAUAAACCGGCUGGAGUUGAAAUUGAAUCGUCCUCUGAAGAAGCGAGUGAAGAGGACCAUCCAAAGAAAAAUAACAAUAAAAUUCAAAACGUGCAAGCAGAAUUGUACACGAGAGAUGAUGAGAAUGAUGGUUUCAACACGUACGGAUUUUAUCCACAAGUUCGUCCAACGUUUACAAAACCCAUAACAAAAUCUGUAAAAUCUAAAGGAAAGAAACGAAAGGGGAACAAAAAAGGACAAAAAGGAGAAAAACCUCAAAAUGAUCAAAACUCUUCGGAAGAAGAACGGCCCGAUGCAGAAAAAUUUAUGCCACCUCAUGGCUCCCAGUUCUACCAAGCACUGCAACAAGUUAAUGACGGAAAAGGAGGAGACGUCAUUCCUGGAAAAAGUUACAAUAAAAAUAAGAAAUCUAAACGCAAACAAAUUGGAAGCGAACCUGAAAGAUAUCAAGAUUAUGAUGGGAAACCGGGGUAUUCGAAUUAUGGAGGGGAGGGGCAACAGGAAUAUGGAGGGUAUGGACCACCACAAACCGAGGAUCAAGGACCCCCAUCUAUUUUUCAAAGCAUUAUGGGAUGGUUUUCUCGUGGGAGCAAAUCCACGCAAGGGGUCGACGAAGGACAGUAUCAAGGCGGAGGAAGCUAUUUUGGUGGAAAUAAAGAACACCAACCAUAUCGAGAACCGUAUUCUAACAAGCCUGGAAAAUAUCCAAGUUCAGGAUCCGGACAAGAUGGACAGGAUGGAUAUGGCCCAGGACGUUACCCUUCAAGGGAGCCACACUCUGCAAACAACGACCGAUAUCCAUCCCCAAGUAGACAACCAACUCGAGGAAGAUAUCCUCAGCCACCACGACCCCAAGGCAGAGGGGACGAAUCCUCAGAAGAGGAGGAGGAGGAUGAAGAGGAAGAAGACGACCACCAAGUUCAACCUAGUAAACGAGAAGUCCAGCACCAAAAGAGACGACACCCUUCACAAUCUAGCAAAUCACAUGACUUAUCAUCAAGUUUGACCGUGUCUGGACCACCACCUCCAUUAGUAAUUGUCCCUCACGGUCAAGAGCCAGAUUAUCCUCUCAGCCAAAGAAAUCCUACGAAAAAUAGCAGUACAAAAUCUAAACAACAACAAAAACCAAAGCAGAAGGAGGAAAACUCUGACGAAAGUAAAGAAACGUCAUCGGAAGAAGUGCAACCGAAAUCAAAAUCUCAGUCAAAGAAAUCUCCACAUAAAAAACAAUCGAAACCAGAUGAUGAUAAAAUAUUUUCUGGUAUUUUUGCAUCCGCUGCAGAAAUCGAUAAGCAAAAUGUUCGAGAGAAGGAACACGAUGAUCGAGAGAAUGCAAGUCUGCUCCUUAGCACGUUUGAUUCCAUAACCAAUACAUUUUCAACAUCGGCGGAUAAGAUAACCGACUGGUCUGAGGAGGACAAUCCAAAGAAGAAAAUUAACGUGGCGUCACUUGCCAGUAAUCAACAGAAAGGAAAGUAUAGAGUAAAUAAAAAUAAAACCAAGCACACCAAUUUACCCGUCUCGUUAGAGGUUGAUAAAAACGAAUCCGAAGAAGAGGAAGAAGACAAAUAGUUACGUAUUCACCUAUUUAUUAAGUUAUUAUUUAUUUAUUUUUGUAGUGAAAUUUCAACUCAAUAAAUUUGCAUUUUAUUGCAUUGACCUUCA